AAAAAAACCAUUUUAAAAAGGAUUUCAGAUUGAAGAUGAUUAUAAAAGGCAGGAUACCAGGGUUGAACUUCUUCCUAUUCUUUAAUAUCAUCAGCCUGGCUCAAGCUCAAACUCUAUCUCAAACUCAAGGUCAGGAUCAGGCUAAAGAUCUAGCUCAAUUUCUCGCUCAAACUCACGCUCAAGCUCAAGCUCAAGCUCAAUCUCAAUCUCAAUCUCAAGGUCAAGAUCCCUCUAAAGUUCUAGCUCAAUCUCUACCCCAAGCUCAAGCUGAAGCUCAAGUGUCAGCUCAAACUCCAGCUCAAGCUAAAGCUCAAUCUCAGUCUCAAUCUCAAGGUCAGGAUCAGUCUAUAGUUCUAGCUCAAUCUCUACCCCAAGCUCAAGCUCAAGCUCAAGCUCAAGUUUCAGUUCAAGCUCCAGCUCCAGCUCAAGCUCAAGCUCAAUCUCAAUCUCAAGUUCGGACUCCAGCUAAAUUUCUAGCUCAAAUUCUAGCUCAUGCUCUAGCAGAUCAAGCAGCUCAAGCUCAAGCUCAGGAACAGUUUAACACUCAGGCUGCAGAAAGUUUGAAGCAAACUGUGAUGGACCAUGUCUACACUGUAAAUGUUAUUUCUCAUCAACCAAAUAUAGGCCCUGGAAGCAGAAAAACUGAUUACACUGAGCUUGAGGAAGUAUAUGAUCUUGAUUCUCAGAGAUCCCAGGUUGGAACUACAGAAAGUUUCGGAAACAGACCCCAGAGUGGUUCUGCAGCAGGGGCUGAGUAUCAGGAUGAUACUGAAUCAGAUAUUGACUAUAAGAAUGAUUAUACUCUCCAGGAUGAUUCUGAAGCUACAUUUGGUCCGAAUUCAGAUACAGAAUAUUACCCAACUGAUGUACACCAAGAAGAAGAAAAUGAUGUUCCAGAAGAAGAAGAUGAAGAUAUUGAUGAUUCAGGUUCUGAAAAGGAGUCUGUAGAAGUAUGUUCUACUAUUAGAGGAGAAACUUGUCUAUUCCCAUAUGUUCACAAUGGUUACACUCACUACGAAUGUACAACAAUAUCCCCAGUAGGGAAUACUACUUUCGGUCGCUGCCCCACUAGCUAUUUGGAUGAGUCUGCAAAACUUCCAAGUUUAAAGGCUGAGGACUGGGAAAGGUGUUCCACAAGGUGCCCUUUACAGGCCUAUACUUCAAACCAGAAGAUUAAUCAGAUUCUCAGAGAUACAGUUGCAAGUAACCUUGACCUAGUCCAGCUACUGGAUGUAGGAGUCUCUGUGAACGACCAGCCUAUCCUUGGCGUUGCAAUCUCCGCCGGUGUACGUAAUAGAGCGCAACUCAGACCGAUGGUGAAGUACAUUGGAAACAUACACGGAAAUGAACCGGUGGGUCGUGAAUUAUUGGUUCACCUUAUCCGAGUUUUAGUUCAAGGGUAUAAGAACGGAGAUCAGAGAAUAACAAACCUUUUAGGUAAUUUCAGUCCAAACUAUAUAUUAUAUAUUAUAUAUUAUAUAUUAUAUAUUAUAUAUUAUACAAAUAUAACAAUAAUUCCAACAAUGAAUCCAGACGGAUUUGAUAGAAGCAAAGAAGGAGAAUGUUCAGGAGGAGAUUUCAAGACUGGACGGUACAACGAGGGUAACAAGGAUCUAAAUAGAGAUUUUCCAACAUGGCGGGAUGUUAAAAACAGUUUAGAAGAGAAUAUGAAGGGCAGACAACCAGAAACCCAGGCUUUGAUGAAAUUGAUUACAUCUGAGCCCUGGGUUUUAUCGGCAAACUUUCAUGGCGGAGCCGUGGUGGCAUCAUAUCCUUAUGAUGAUUAUUACAGUGGAAUGGUCCCGAGAGGAAUUCAUCAAACAGAAGAUCAUGCAUUUUUUAAACACCUGGCCUCCACAUAUGCAGAUAAUCAUCUUACAAUGAAGGAUACUUCAAAAUGCACAAAAUGGAGAUUCGAGGAUGGAAUAACGAAUGGAGCUGAUUGGUAUGCACUGGUUGGAGGAAUGCAGGACUUUAACUAUAUUUACUCUAACGGAAUGGAGAUUACUCUCGAGGUCUCAUGCUGCAAAUAUCCUAAAAAAUAUUAUCUGAAUCAACGCUGGGAUGAAAAUCGUGAAAGCUUGUUUGCAUAUAUUGAACAGGUCCAUCGUGGUUUCAAAGGGUUAGUGAGUCGAAAUCUACGUGAGAAAGAAAGCAUAAAUAUUAGCAAUGCAAAUAUCGAGGUUCAAAAUCUUGGAACUGGGAUAAAAACUAGGAAUGUUAGAAGUUCAAAUCUUGGAGAAUACUGGAAACUACUGUUACCAGGACAAUAUAGUAUACGAGGGAUAGAAAAUCGUUGUGAGUCCAGUGGAUUCAAGUUUACAUCAGACUAUAUUCAGAUGAAUGUGACAGAGUUGCAACCUUUGGUUCAAAUUAACCUUGAUCUGAUACACAGAGAAAACUGUUCAGAGAAAACAACUCUAGGGAUAGAAGAAUAAACAUAUACAGUAGAUGCAUAUACAGGGUUACCAUCAGAUGAUCAGACUGUAAAGACGACCCUAAACUAUUUAAAUAUGAUGAUGCCUGGUUGCUGAAUGGCUUAUUUCUAUGACAGCAUAAGUUCCGUACCUUCGUCUUUGAUUUCUCAUUCUUUGUAACUCUGUUUAUCUAAAUUAAACAUUUAAGAAUGGCA